GCGCAGGCGCGUCUUCUGGCUCCGGGCCCGAACGACGCCACUCCAGAUCUUGUGAUCGCCCAGAGACUGGGCCCGUGACCACACCCCUAGCGACCAACGAACCAAUAGAGGAGGCUUUAGUGGUUGCCAAGGUAAACUUCUAGCGGCAAGAUGGCAGCCGCCAGCCAAGGAAGCCGGAGCUCCCGCCCGCAGCGCCCGGACCCGCAGGGGCGGCCGCCACAGGACGGUUACGGUGUCUACACCUACCCCAAUUCCUUCUUCCGGUACGAAGGGGAAUGGAAAGGCGGGAAGACCCACGGCCGCGGGAAGCUGCUGUUUAAGGAUGGAAGUUACUACGAGGGCCAGUUCGCGGACGGGGAGAUCAUGGGCCGAGGCUGCCGCCACUGGGCCGCCUCAGGGAACACCUAUUCUGGUCAGUUUGUCUUUGGAGAGCCCCAAGGCCACGGCGUCAUGGAGUACAAGGCAGGGGGCCGCUACGAGGGGGAGCUGUGCCACGGCAUGAGAGAAGGACACGGGCGUCUGGUGGACCAGGACGGGCGCGUGUACUGCGGGUCCUUUCACAACAACAAGCGACACGGCCGGGGGCACAUGGCCUUCCCGAACGGUGACGAGUACGACGGCGACUGGGUGCGGGACCAGCGGCAGGGCCACGGGGUGCUGCGCUGUGCGGACGGCUCCACCUACGAGGGACAGUGGCACAGCGGCGUCCGCAGCGGCCUGGGCAGCAUGGCCCACUGCUCCGGGCUCGUCUACAGGGGCAUGUGGAUCAACGGCCACCCGGUGGGGCGAGCCGCGAGGACCGUGAUUCUGGGCCCGGAGGUGAUGGACGUGGCCCGGGGUGCCUCCUUCACGGUGCGCGUGCAGCUGCUGCAGGACAACGGGGCAGUGGCCACCAGCGAGGACGGCCGGGCCCUGAGGAUCACUGCGGGCGUCAGGUACGUGCAGCUGCCGGCCUUCUCAGAGGUUAGCUUCUUCACCGUGGACGCGGGCCGGCGGGAGGCGCCCAUCCAGACCCCCUUAGGGCAGCCGGGCCCUUUCUCCUCCCUGGGGUGCCCCUGGGCCCUGUGUUCCCACAGCCAGGUGUCCCCCCAGCUGGCGCCACAUGGAGCCCAGCUGCCUCCCCUUCGCAGUGGGUUCCAGUGCAUCCCCUACCCGCUGUCGGGCCUGGAGCCCGGAGCGGCCAACGCGUCACUCCCCACGGGAGACCCGGAGGUGGCACGGACCCCGGACGCCUCAUGUGGCCAGGGAGACGCCCCCGGCGGCCUGCCUGCCGGGCGACGCGGGUCCUGCUGUCCUGAGGGCUGUCGGCGAGCGGAGCGAGGCUGCGCCCAGUUCGAGGACGUCCGCCUGGGGCCGCCUCCGCCCGGGUACCACCCCGUCCCGUUCCUGGACGGCCCGCACCAGGACGCCAGCGGCAGGCCCGGAGGUGGCCUGAGCCCCGGGACAGGGACGCCCACCACGCAGGACCCCCCGGGAGGCAGCAGGCCUAACGGGGCAGCCGAGGCAGAGCCGGGGACCGAGGCCCCCCCAGGGGAGUACGUCAUCAUGAUCCAGGACGUGACCACCCCCCCGUUCCUGGGCCGCAGGCUGCCCACGGCCUUCAAACACCUCCGGGUGUCCGCCAGGGGCCCAGCCAGCAGCGCCCCCGCCCUGGAGAGAGCCCCCGAGCCUGGGCCCAGGAGGGCCGCCCACCCCCGGGGACAGGCGUCCCCUCCGGACACCACCUCAUCCUGAAGGACAGAAACGCCGCCGCUGCUUCCCGGGGCGCCACCCCCGCC